UGGUGAUAAACUAGCAAUCUCAUUAAAAGAGUAAAUCGUUCAACAACUGGUUUACAACACGAUUAGGAAUAGAAUCCUGGUUAAAACUAAGACCUGUCUGAAAAACGCUCGCCCUUGCAAGAGCAUGAGUUGCACGAUUAGCAGAUCUACCACAAAAGGAAAGAGAAAAAAGAGGAUUCUCUUCUAAAAGAAGCCUAAUAUCAUCAAUCCAUAAAUAAAGGUAGGAUAAACCGCCCUGAUGUCGGAGUGCUUGAACAACCGUCAAAGCAUCCAUCUCAAAAUCCACCUGAUUCCAUCCUGCCCGUUUAGCCCAAACAAUGGCCGCCUUUGUUUCUUCCAGCCGUUAUAUCCAUAAUGAUGCUUAAUAUUUUGGAUUAGCAUUAAAGUCAUGAUUUCCGUUUCAUGCAUUUGACGAACAUCAAAUUCUGAUUUCCGUUGAAAACAAUCUGCUGCAUCUCUAUUUGUACUUCGUAUUUGUACUCUUCUUUCCCACUCAAUAACCUUUUGUUUAUUAAGGAGCAUUUGAAUUGCCUUCCUUGAUCCAUAUUGCCUCUCCUCCCCCCCCUCCCCCCCCCCAAAAAAAAAAGAAUUAUUUGUUGUAGAUCAUAUCCUUUCAAUUAAAUCUAUUAAUCGGCAAAUUUGGCAACGGUCGAAGGUUUCAGUCAAGGUAGAUACAAGUCUGAAACAUGGUAAGCUUAUCCUGGGAGCGAGCUAGCCAGACAAGAAUAGCUAUCGGGAUACGGGGGCUAUCUUUCUUCAAGGCCAGUCCAUUUUAACGGGCGAUCCUGCGAUAAGUUUUCUUAUCUUUACUCUUUGUUUAUUUUAACUUAUUCUAAUUAUUAUUAUUAUUAUUUUCUUUUCUUGCAUUUGGCGGUUUGUCUGGUGAUUUGUUUAAACUCGGGAUUUUUAUCUGGUUAAACUCGCAAUUAUAAUAUUAUUUUUCUAACAAUCUUGAAGAAAGAUAUUAUUUCUCGAGUUUUGGAAAAUCCAAAAUGGCAAACUUGGAAAAUGCUGUUAACAAUGAAACUGUUGGUUUAGAGGACACUUUUGUUGCCCCUGAAAAUGGUAAUUAUGUGUCUGUCACUAAUUCACAAGGCACACCUGAAUAUAUUGCUACGGGCUCGCGCAGGGUGGAUUUAACCGGAAUGUCCGAAAAAAUUUCUGGACAUUUUUUCAAGCGUUGGCAACAACACAUGAAAAUUUGGUUAAUUACCAAGGGCUUGCUUUCAGUGAUUAUGACGGUGUGUCCUUCAGUUGUCGAAUCUGAUCCCAAAAGCCUUGAACGUCAUGCAAUUUGGCGUGAGAGGGACGAAAUUGCAAAAGACAUGAUUCUCAUGGGUUUAUCCGACAUGUUAUUUGAUGUCUAUUGCACCCUCCAUGGGACGGCCAAAGACCUUUGGGAUGAGUUGGAUAGAAAAUAUAAUACCAAUGAUCACGGUCUUGAAAAAUAUGUUGUUUCUAAAUUCCUACGAUUUGACAUGAAAGAAGGAAAACCGGUUUUAGAACAGACACAAGAAUUUGAGCUUAUCUUACAUUCUCUUCGUGAAGCGGAUAUGGAAUUGCCUGAAAAAUUUAAAGUGAUGGCGGUCAUAGAAAAAUUUCCCAAUUCAUGGGAAGAUUUUGGUAUGACUUUAAAACAUAAAAUGAAAAAGAUCACUUGGAAAUCUUUGAUGCAUUCCAUUACUGUUGAGGAGGAACAUAAAAAAGCGGGUUAUAUUGUGCCUGUUGAAUUUCAACCGAAGGCUCAUGUUAUAACUGGGGGGAAAGCAAGCACAUAACUCAAAAAAUAAGCAACCAUCAUCUUUUAAACCAUUAAAGGCCAAAUUAAAAAUUGCAAAGAAACUAAAGACAAACUGACCAUGUUGGAAUUGUGGACAGAUGGGGCAUUGGGCCAAAUUAUGCCCAAGUAAAAAGGCCAAGGCUCAAUCUGGUGGAUCUCAAGUUAACGUGGUGACUGGAAGAACUAGUUCCGAUGGAACAAUGAUGAUGGGGAACACAAGUGCUGCAAGUGUGCAAGGAAUUGGAAACGUAGAAAUAAAAUUCCCUUCGGGAAAAAUUCUAUCUUUGCAUGGAGUGCAUCACGUUCCCGAAAUUAGAAGGAACAUCGUUAGUGGUUCCAUUCUAGUUAGGGAGGGUUAUGAGUUGUCUUUUAAAUAAAUUAAAUAAAGUUGUAAUUUUAUUUGGUGGAACUUUUAUUGGCAAGGGUUACUUAUCUGAUGGACUUUUUAAAGUUAUGGUUGAUUAUUUAGAAUUAAA